GCGGCCCCCAGCAUCUGAGUGGGUGGUGCAGAGGUAUAGACCUGUGGACGUGAGGGCCCAGGGACACUGUCAGCAUGAAUUGGGCAUUUCUGCAGGGCCUCCUGAGCGGCGUGAACAAGUACUCCACGGCGCUGGGUCGCAUCUGGCUGUCCGUGGUGUUCAUCUUCCGCUUGCUGGUGUACGUGGUGGCCGCAGAGGAUGUGUGGCAUGACGAGCAGGACGACUUUGUCUGCAACACCAAGCAGCCAGGCUGCCCCAAUGUCUGCUAUGAUGAGUUCUUCCCCGUGUCCCACGUGCGCCUGUGGGCCCUGCAGCUCAUCCUGGUCACAUGCCCCUCGCUGCUGGUGGUCAUGCACGUGGCCUACCGGGAGGAGCGGGAGCGACGCCACCGCCUGAAGCACGGGCCCAACGCCCGGUCCCUGUACGACAAUGCAGGCAAGAAGCGUGGUGGGCUCUGGUGGACAUACUUGCUGAGUCUCAUCUUCAAGGCCACCGUCGACGCCAGCUUCCUGUACAUCUUCCACCGCCUCUACAAGGAUUACGACAUGCCCCGCGUGGUUGCCUGCUCUGUGGCACCAUGCCCCCACACUGUGGACUGUUUCAUCUCCCGACCCACAGAAAAGAAGGUCUUCACCUACUUCAUGGUGGCCACAGCAGUUAUCUGCAUCCUGCUUAACCUCAGUGAGGUUGCCUACCUGGUGGGCAAGAGGUGUAUGGAGAUCCUGGGCCCCAGGCGCCGGAGAGCCCCAUUCAAGGGGCAUCACUCUGACUUUGCCACCUCAUCCUGCAAGCAGGAUGACCUCCUCUUCGGUGACCUCAUCUUUCUGGAAUCAGACACUCACUCUCUUCUCUUACCAGAUCCCCCUCGGGACCACGUAAAGAAAACCGUGGUGUGAGGGGCUGCCCAGAUUGUGCUGAUGGGUUGCAGCUGGAACAGGAGGGUCAGCAGCACCCCUGCCUGCCGCAGUGGCGCACCAUCAGUGAAUGGGCUGAUGGGGUUGAGCCUGGGGGGGCAAGCUGAGCCUCAAGUUGGAGACAGACGAGAAGGAGAAGUCAGACGCCUGUGAUCAAAUCCCUAUUCCUCCACU